AUGCAACCACUCCUGCUUCUGCUGGUGUUUGUCCUACUCCCUGGGGCCAAGGCAGGAAAGAUCAUUGGAGGACAAGAGGCCAGACCCCACUCCUAUCCCUACAUGGCAUUCCUUCAGGUGGAGGGCCCGGAAGGUCGGAGCAGUUGCGGGGGAUUCCUUGUAAGAGAAGACUUCGUGAUGACAGCAGGUCAUUGUUGGGGAAGUGCCAUAAAUGUCACACUGGGAGCCCACAACAUUGAGAAGCAGGAAAGGACCCAGCAACAGAUCACUGUGCUUAGAGCCAUCCGCCACCCCAGAUAUAAUGAGAAGAAUGCUCUGAAUGACAUCAUGUUACUUCAGCUGAGGAAUAGAAUCAAGAAGAAUAGAUUUGUGAGGCCAGUGGCCCUGCCAAAUGCUGGGGAGAAGCCUAAGCCUGGGGCCUUGUGCACAGUGACUGGCUGGGGCUGGAUCAGCCUGAACAGGUGGUCAGACAAACUCCAGGAAGUGCAGCUGAGAGUGCAGAGCGAUCAGAAGUGCACCCGUCGCUUUCCUUCUUACUGCAGUCGGACUCAGAUUUGUGUGGGAGAUCCGAAGCAAAAGAAAGCUGCCUUCCAGGGGGAUUCUGGUGGCCCCUUGGUAUGUAACAAUGUGGCCCAGAGCAUUGUCUCCUAUGGUGACAAGGAAAAUGGAACCACUCCAGAAGUCUUCACCAGGAUCGCAAGCUAUCUGUCCUGGAUAAAGAGAACAAUGAAAUGCUUCAAACGGCAGGAUCAGACUGAACAAUCAUGGUCAUCCUCCUGUGACUGA